CCGAAUAAAUGCCAAAAGAAGGCAAAGAUGUUGAAGGAGGCUGUGUUUUAUUACUAGCUUCGUUUUUUGUUUGGUUAUUACUCUUGAUUUAAUCACACGAAACACCGUAAUCACACACAGCGAUAUAUAUAUAUAUAUCUGCAUAAUGUAACCGAACUGGGUCCCGUCCUUUCCAGCUCUCAUUUCACAUUUUCAAUCUCUCUCUCUCUUUCACAAUUCCUUUGAAUGAUUUUGGUUGCUUCACACUAUGGCUUGGUGGGAUAUAAGACCCCUCUUUCAGGAAUUAUCGAGCAGGAGGCUGAGGAACUCUGCUAUGACUGGUGCUCACUUUUCAUCCAUUAAUUUUCCAUUGAUAGACACAAACAAUGAAGAGGAAUUCAGGCUGAGGGAAGACCAGCUUGGCUCACACACUAUGAGGUCUCAUGGAUAUGCAGUAGCUAAAACACACAUGCAUGAUUGGAUCAUACUAUUGCUCCUUGUAUUGAUUGAUAUCAUCUUAUACAUUAUUCAUCCUUUCUAUCGCUUUGUUGGGAAGGAUAUGAUGGCUGAUCUCAAAUAUCCGCUGAAGAGCAAUACAGUUCCUGUUUGGGCUGUUCCAGUGUUUGCAAUUUUAUUGCCUAUAGUGAUCUUUUUUGUCGUCUAUAUUCGAAGGAGAGAUAUCUAUGAUCUUCAUCAUGCCUUACUGGGUCUACUGUUCUCCAUUUUAGUAACAGCUGUGAUAACUGAUGCAAUAAAAAAUGCAGUAGGGCGACCUCGGCCCGACUUCUUCUGGCGGUGUUUUCCAGAUGGAAAGGAUGUUUAUGAUAAAUGGGGAGAUGUCAUUUGUCAUGGUGACAAGAAUAUCAUCAAGGAAGGACAUAAGAGUUUCCCAAGCGGCCAUACUUCAUGUUCAUUUGCUGGUCUUGGUUUUUUAUCAUUGUACCUGUCUGGAAAAUUAAAAGCAUUUGAUCGCAAAGGUCAUGUUGCGAAACUUUGCAUUGUAUUUCUACCACUACUUUUUGCAUCACUUGUUGGCAUUUCUCGAGUUGACGACUACUGGCACCACUGGCAGGAUGUAUUUGCGGGAGGUCUAAUAGGGCUUGUAGUAGCCACUUUUUGCUAUUUGCAGUUUUUUGCUCCUCCUCAUCAUCCUGAAGGUUGGGGGCCAUAUGCUUAUUUUAAGAUGUUGGAAGAAUUGCAAGGUAUGGUGCAAGCUCCUAAUGCUCAAAAUGGUAGUGAAGCUCAAGUUGAGAACCAAGAGGCGUGUAUGGGGUUAUCUUUGACAGAGAAUCAAAAUUCAACAUUAGAAGAUGAACUUGAAUCUGGGAGGAGAUAAAAUCUGUAUACAUCAUGGUCUUGCUCUUUGUAAAUCAUAUCCUACGAUUUUAUUGAACAUGUUUUCUACUCGGUUGUCAUUGCUAACUUUGAAGAUUACUUCUUUCUGUUUAUAAGAGGCAUAUUUGGGACAGCCUCUGUUAUUUUGUGAAUGAAUAUAUGUGGACAUGAGAAAUAGGAAAUCAAAUGACUGAAGAUCCUCAGUUGAUCUCCUUGAUAACUGAUUUAUUCAA